CUGGCCAGGCAGAAGCCUUAGGUAUGUCACUGAAGAAGACCUCACCCUCGCAGAGGGUUCUAGAUGAGUCGCAAAUUCUGAUUUCAACAAAGCAGUACGACAUUGAACUUCUUUACCAUGCCAACCUCUCUCAGAUGGCGAUUGCCUCAUUAGGGGUCGCUUUCCGGCGCUGUUACGCGCUUACCGCUUUGGAUCUUAGUCGAAAUAUGCUACCCUCGCUCGAUGGGAUUCAGGAUGUGGCUGCUACUUUAGUCUUCUUGAAUGCAUCUGAAAAUUGCAUUCGAGAUCUCGCCCACCUUCGUGGGUUUGCUCAGCUGGAACGUGUUUGGCUUGAAGGGAAUCAGCUUAGCAACAAAGCCUCCAUUGCCCCACUUGCCGAGCUGAAGUCAGUGAAAGAACUAUGGCUGCGGCGGGAGGCAAGCAUGAAGUUAUCCGCGAACGAUACCUCUUGCAUGGUACUAGACAACCCGAUUUGUUCGGAUUCCAAAGCAUACGCCCUCUUAUGUCGGGAGCUUUUCCCCCACGUUCGUUCUCUUGACGGAAGCAUUUAUCGGCAUGAAGCAGCGGAGGAUGACACCGCUUUAGCCAAGGUUUCAACAGUAGAUGAAUGCGCAGCUAGCUUUAGGCAGGCUUCUGAGCGCAUUAAGAAGGAAGUGCUGGAGGAAAGUAUGGAGGAAUUUCACCUGCUACGGCUUUUAAAAACUUCUCCAAAGUGAAGUUACGGACCCCCUUAAUCCCUUCCCUCCUCCCCCACCCCGUUCUAGGGGGAUGUAUAGCGUUACAAUUUUGCCGUGCAAGUCACUAUUGCGUGAGUAGAACGAUUGCUUAUCCAGCAAGCACACGAAAAGUGAAAGGAGUGUAUUGUGAAGUCCGCAAAGGCUGAUACAACAUCAA